AUGAAGCCUUCUCCUCCCCUUCUGCUUUGCCUCUGGCUGUCCAUCCUUCUAGAUGUUUCACUGGCAUCAAGAAUAACUCAGGGACCCUCAAAUCUAACUUGUUUUUAUGACUCGCGGGCGACUCUCUUUUGCACCUGGGCUCCAGACAGGAAUCUCACAGCAGCACCGUGCCGACUGGACGUUUUUCAUGACACUGAUGAGAGGAAUCUAAGAAGGAGUUGUGAAUUUCCUAGCAUGGCACCCAGGAGAUGUGAACUAGCCUUCGAUAAAGACAUUGAUUGUCAGGUCUUCACGGUUGUAGACUCACUUCGCCUGACUGUGUCCUGCCAAGCUGGGGAAAACGGGACAACUGUGAUACAACAGCAGAAAUUCGGACUGUGGGACAACAUACAGCUGAGGCCACCUGACAACCUCCAAGUGGUAAACACCAGUGACUCCAGCUGCAACUUAACUUGGAGAAUUCCUGUUUCCUCUCACUACUUAAAAAAUAAACGGGAGUUUGAAGUGUGGUGCAGAGAUCGCUCAAAGCCCCAGGAGACUGCCAUGCUCCUCCCUAUCAAGCAGGACCAGGAAUGGGUGAGGAUUGAGAACCUUUCGCCUGACUCAGAGUAUGAGGCUGAAGUUCGCGUGAAGCCAAAGCAUUAUGGUUUGUGGAGCAACUGGAGCAAGACGCUCACAUGGAGGACAGAUCGUAGUGAUGUGAAUCUUGGAUAUUCAGAACUUCCCCUGGGGGACCUCCAGCUUACGAUGCCAGCCCUUGUGGGGACCAUCUGCACCAUCAUCUUCGUUGUCAUCAUUGUCUUGAUCAUCACCUCACAGCCAUUGAAAAGGCUUAAGAAGGUGCUGAAGAUUUACAUUCCAGACCCAGACAAGUUCUUUCCCCCGCUGAGCACUGUGCACAGAGGCGACGUUCAGAAGUGGCUCUCCUCUCCAUUUUCCACGUCUCUCUUCAGCGUGAGCAGUAUCUCCCCAGAAAUCUCAGAGCUAGAGAUAAUUCAGAAGGAGAAACAGGACUCCCAGCUCCUCCUUCCCAAGGCCUUUCUCACCUCUGGUGCCCCCCCAGAAACCAGCGGGCACUCACUGACCAGCUGCUUCACCAACCAAGGGUACUUCUUUUUCCACCUCCCUGACUCCUAUGAGAUUGAGCCCUGCCAGGUGUAUUUCACCUACGAGCCCUUCGCCCGGAAGAGCAGUGGCAGUGAAGAUGGUGAUUCCUAUGGAGCACUCCCCUCCCCAGAUCUCUGCAUGCUGGAGGACGACCUGCCACUCUUCUCCUCCGGAUUUCUUCAUUGCAUCGAAGCAAACCAAGGUUUCCAGAACAGUUCUUUUGUGGGAGAGACACAGAGCACAACCAAUGGGCUUGGGGCACUUCCUGAGGCUCUUCUGUCACCCGAGAGCUCCUCCCCAGCAUUGGUAUUGGAGCAGGAUGAGAAGGUGAAUGGAAAUGUCACAGUUUUACAGCUCUCUGAAUCCCAACAGAAGCCUGGCAUGGUCUUCUCAGAUAUCCCAGGGCUGCAUGACAACGAUACCAUUCAAACCACAGAAGAGGCUGAGGACGCAGACCCUCAAAUCAGUUCCACUACUACUAUGGCAGAUGCAAGCUCUUCGUUUUCCCAGCCCAUGCCUCUGAGGCAAGGUCAAGCUGAUGAUCUUCACAGGACUGCUUCCUCCAGCCAGGUCCCAAACACUGGGGCCUACCUAUCUUUGAGUGAGCUCCAAAGCCAAUACAACCAUCAUUCGGUCUAA